AUGUUGGGUUCUUUGCCGAUACCAAAUCAUGCCUACUAUAUUGACACCGCACCAAUACGUGUCACCUUAGCAUGCAAGAAGUCUGGUCUUCUGAUCAUGUGGGAUCGCUGGAAACCCGCCGGUAGUAACUUUAUGCUACACUUCAACAUCAUCGCGCUGCCUUGCAACCCUGCUGCAGCCUCAGCUCUCCUGCUAGUGGUGUCUUCAGCUGCGGCAUUAGCAGUGAUCUGGCCGGCAGCGACAAUGCUACCACAGCCCAAUGCUCGAGGAAACGCAAACCUGCCGUAG